AAAUCAGAGAUUCAUCAAGCAACCUUGAGUUCUCUCUUCUCUCUUUCGCCAAAAUUCCCAGAAAACAAUGGAAGAGACAGCACUGACAAAAGAUCAGAUCAUUGAGUUUAAAGAAGCCUUUUGUCUCUUCGACAAAGACGGCGACGGUUGUAUAACUGUGGACGAACUUGCAACAGUGAUCCGCUCUUUGGAUCAGAAUCCGACAGAACAAGAACUUCAAGAUAUCAUCACUGAGAUUGACUCUGAUGGUAAUGGCACCAUUGAAUUUGCUGAGUUUCUCAACCUCAUGGCCAAGAAGCUCCAGGAAAAUGAUGUAGAAGAAGAGCUGAAAGAAGCAUUCAAAGUCUUUGAUAAAGACCAAAAUGGUUAUAUCUCUGCCAGUGAGUUAAGUCAUGUAAUGAUUAAUCUAGGGGAAAAGCUAACGGAUGAAGAAGUUGAACAAAUGAUAAAGGAGGCAGAUUUGGAUGGUGAUGGCCAAGUCAAUUAUGAUGAAUUUGUCAAGAUGAUGAUCAACAUUGGCUGAGUACUUUUUUUUUUUGCUUCUUCUUCUUAUUAUUAUUCUAUGGACUUAUAAAAGCAAAUUUUUCCUUAAUUACUUUGUUCGUUUUUACUCCUUUGUGUUCACAACAUCUCAACAAAUUCAAGUAUUCUAAAUUCAUUAAAGCUUUAAGAUCCA